CAGCUGUCUAGCAGUUUCCGGCGUGUGACCGACCUCGCGUCCUCGAGCAGGGACACUAGUGUACACUUUGAUUGGAGGUUGCUGCCUUUUUGGUUAGUUUUGAACUCACAGAAAUGGUUUUCGAGAGAAAAAUGCUCACACACGGAGACCCCGACGAAGAGGAGGAGAAUCCUCCUGCAGAGGAGGAAGAAGAGGAGGAAGAAAUGGUGGACCCCUUGGAAACAAUACGAGUCAAAUGUGAGCAGACGGAACACUGUGUGCACCUCAAGGAGCGUCUGGAGAGCUGUGAAGCUAGGGUCAGUUCCAGGUCCAACACUCAGGAGGAGUGCACAGAAGAGCUCUUUGACUUCCUGCAUGCACGAGACCAUUGUGUUGCACACAAGCUGUUCCACAAUGUGAAAUGAUCUGGCCACCCAUAUCCUCACCCAGUGCAGCUGAAGGAUUCUAUUUAACUGCAACCACUGAGCAGCAGUUAUGUUGUCUGCUUCUCUUAAUCAUACCGAACUGACUGCAUGUUUUCUGUAUUCAUGUGCUCCUAAUAACAUUGUUUUUCAUAAGCACUGCUACUCCCCAUCCCUGGUGCAGUGGAUUUAGAAAUUUGUGCAGAGUUUAUGCGGUGAGAUAAUAUGGCGCUUCAGGGAAGAUGUUUACCUUAGCUCUGGCCUUGGAUUCACUGUUGCAACUUAGAAAUAAAUAUUUUCUCUUA